UGGGCGUUGAGGUACCGGGGUCUGCAGGGGGAGGCCGCGGUCCUGGUUGCGGGCCCCGCGGGCUCUUUCUGGCGCCGCAGUUAAGAAAAUGAGGCAGAAGGAAGUGUUAACCAAGACCUUCCAAGGCCCAGCUAUUGUCUGUAGGACUCCGACCAGCCACGUUUACAUGUUUGAGAAUGGCGGUGGGGACUCAGGGGAUUCCUCUGAGGAAGAGUCCCACCGUGUGGCUCUGCGGCCCCGGAGCAAGGAGCGCCAGAAGAAGGGUGCCCACCACCCUCACCAGCCAGGAGCAGGGGACGUGGUGCUGCUGCAGAGGGAGCUGGCCCAAGAGGACAGCCUCAACAAGCUCGCUCUUCAAUACGGCUGCAAAGUUGCAGAUAUCAAGAAAGUCAACAACUUCAUCAGAGAACAAGACUUAUAUGCUUUGAAAUCUAUUAAGAUUCCAGUGAAAAACCACGGGAUCCUAACAGAGACCCACAAAGAACUCAGACCCCUUCCAAGUCCAUUCUCAGAGACCAGAGUGACCUUCGAGGAGCAGCCAGACUCAGACAGAGCAGCUGUAGGUGCUGGUGCCCCAUCCAGCCAACUGACGGAUUUCUUUAAGGGCAUUGACCAGAAUAUUGAACGUGCAGUGCAGUCAGAAAUCUUUUUGAGUGAAAGUUACUGCGUAGAGACCUCCAGUCAGCCGCUACUUCCAGCUCCUCUGAAGACGCCUACAACUGGUGCAGACGGUGGAAUUCAGUGGUGGAAUGCUGUUUUUAUCAUGCUUCUAAUUGGAAUUGUUUUACCAGUGUUUUAUUUGGUCUAUUUUAAAAUACAAGCUACUGAUGAGAUCCCUAAUAGCUUGAACACAACUGUUGUCACCAAUGGCUCAAUGGCACUAAAUGUAGUUCCAGGGCAAACCCACAAAUUAGUGAUUCCAGUGCCAGCCAUCCCCUCUUCAGACAGCCAGUUCAGUCAAACCAACCAGGCAGGGAACUAGCUAUUGUUGUUUCUAAAAUCAGCCCAUCUUUAGCGGUUGGGCUUGUGAUGUGCAUCAGCUGACAUUAGCCGUAUCUUAAGGUGCUGUGUUUUCUUUUCUGUGACAUACGGACACGUUUCAGAAGCCACUGUUGUAUUCUUGAUACCAGCAUGGGGAAUAGCCUUGCCUACUCCAAGGCUGCGGGAGCCAAAACACCAGUGCCCUCAGCCUCCUACAUUCAGAGAGCUGUGGCAAGAGAGACAUUUACAUGUGACAGCUACCAUUUCUUGAAGGCAUUUAGUGGUUUGGCCAUGACUGUCUUCACAGUAGCACUGUGUGGGCCCCCAAGUUGGACGUGCUUGCAGGGGGAGGAAUGGCCUCGUCCAGUGGACCUGCAAUAUGGAAGCCCCUGGGGUUGGCUUUGGUCGCCUGGCUGCUUGCAGUGCCCCUCACCUGCUAUGAGGGGUGUUUGGCUCUGACAAAUGGUGUUCUCUGUCUCUCUGGCAAAGGUGCUGUGCAAUAGUGGUGGAAUGUCACUCUGUUUUAGAGAGUGUGCCGGAUUAUAAUUCUUAUAAGCCCUACUUCCUGUUUGCCUCACCAGUUAGCCUUUUUGAGACAGUGUCACAUCUAGAAUCAAAAAUCCCUAAAUCCAAAUUGUUAUGGUAUUGAGUAGCAGCAGUUUUGUUCCUUGUACUUUUAGAGCUACUUAGUUUGACACACAGGCAUGUUUUAAGCUGCUCCGUGGUACACCUCCUGGCCAGGACCUUUGGGGGCCAUGGCCCAGUUUCACUUGAGGUGCAUCCCCACAGCAAUCGCUAACUGGAUUUUCUAAGUCAGCGUUCGUGGAAGGAGCUCUUGCUGGCCAGUGUCUGGAGCCGAGUAGGUGUAGAGAAGGAUGAGUGUCUAUCACCAGGGUCCCAACAUGUGACACUUCUAAGGUCUUAAGGCCAAACAGUCACCAGUCCAGUGUUGCCUAGAGCAGCAGCCCUUGUGUGUGCCUGGAAGAGUAGUGUAGGGAGAAUGGGUGUGCUUCCUGCUGUUUCCCUGACUCCAUUCUUAGGAAUUCUAGAGCCAUCACACAAGAAUGUGGCUCAGUCAUUUUUCUUUGGGUAAAUAACACUUUAUAUACAAUGUAGCUCAUAAUGUUAAAAGUCCAGACACGUAGUGGAGGGCCUACAGGUGACCUUUGCUGUGAAAGGCUAUAGAAAGAGGGGCCUGAAACCCAUCAGCCUGUGAUUUGCCUGUCUCCUCCUGUGACAAGGCAACAGUGGUGCUAAGUGCAGAGGCUUGAGGGGAGCAUGGGUUGGCCUCUGAGGCGCUGCGGGUGGAGCAGGAGUAGAUGGGGUGAGGGUGAGAGGCUGCUUUGGCAGGAGCCCAUCUUGAUCCCAUGGAGGAGUGGAAAUAGGCUGAGGUGGCUGGUGGUUCAGCGUCCGAGAGGUCUAUCUCUAGGGAGGAAAACACACUACAAGUGCUAAGCUUUAGGCAUGGUUUAUGGCAUUUGAUACAUUAGGGCUAGAGAUAGAUUGAAAAGAUCUCAUCAUGUAAGAGGAUAGGAGUGUGGCAGAAGAGUACUUGAGAUGCAUCCAAUUUUUUUCCCAGUUUCUUUCUUUUAGUUGUGUGAAAAAAUAUUUGCCCUGGGGUCAAUUAGCAAAUUUAAAUUAUCUUCAAAGUUAAAUGUUUUAUUCAAAACCAAAAUGGUCUUCAGGAUAAAAUAAACUUGUGAACCUUUGCUACAGGAAAUGUUUUGAUCAUGUGAAUGCUUCUCCAGUCAAAUGUUUGUGCUUACUGUGCCCCUAAAGGCCACAGGUUUCUCUAACAUUUGUCACCAUUAACUUCACCAGGCAGGGCUCAGAGUCCCAUGGAAAAAUGACUUUUGCCAGGUGAAGAAUGAAUAUCUGUAUACUUUUUUCAAAUGGAAUAAAGUAAUUUCUUCUGUGAAGGAAAAUUGAUUCUUUUUAAUUUGGAGGUUGGUAAUUGAGAAUUAAAAGAUAUGGGACAAUGUUAGAGAAGAUGGAGGUGUCAGGUGUCUGUGUCCCAGAGGUGAGGCCCGCUCAGGGCUCGUGCCCAAGGUUACUCCAACAGGUGAACAGAAAGUGGUAACCAGCACAAUCUUGCUGAUUGGUCUGCAUAACAUGCUUUAAAAUUGCUGUAUUAGGUAUACAUAAGACAUACUGUGAAGCUCAUUUUCUACAUAUUUGACUACAUUUUUUUUUUG